AGAAAAGAUGCAGUUGGUACUUCAACGACAUGCGAUUUGUGUAACGAUAUUUGUGUGUCCCAUCCUAAUAACACGAUGCGAAAACAGCGAUGAGUAUAAAGAGGUAUCCAAUAGGCGACUUACCGAUCAGAUUGCCGAGAAAGCCAAGCAAACUGUUGUUGACAUCGGUGAAGUGAUGAAAUCUCAACAAUCUGUCUUGGAAUGUAACGGCAAAAAAUGUCCAAACAACAAUAUUUUCGUGUUUUAUCAAUGCUGUGAAAAUGUUCCUAAAGAAUGUUGCUGGCAUAUUCGAUAUUGGCUCACCAUUGUAUUAAUAUUGGUACUACUUAAAAUGCUUUGGUCUGCUUUGGUAUGGUGCAUACGGAGAUCGUGUCACGAUUGAAAAAGUGACGAAAUAAUUUUUUUUAUCAUUGCUGGUCAACAUCUGAUAAUUGAAAUGAGCAAAUGACCUACCCUAUCCCUUAUAAAAACGACGAUUUAAUUAUUCACUUGAAAUAGGACGUCAUGUCUUGCUCAUGUU